CUUUUGUAUGUAUCAGCACCGAGAAAUCUUCUCAUACUCUGUUCCGUGUUAGGUCUUAAACGUUUGCUAGUCACUAGCAUGCACCUAACAAAUACGAUUUAGGGACUCGCUCUGGGAGUAUGUUUGGUUUUAUUCAAGAGCACCGUGACAUGAAAUAGACCAACUUUUCAAAUAGAUGAGAGUUGUUUCUCCCCAAAAUUCAGCACAGCAUAGUACCAGUUUCUAUUAUAAGCAUCUUCCAGGGUUGACCAUGUUUGUUGGUUUCACUUUCUGUUUCGAACCGGAACCGAACAAAACCGAAAGUGUUGCUAAGGAAGUUUCACCGUGGGGGAAAAAAGUGACUGAAGUGAGCCCCGAGAGACCCCUAGACGUCCCUGUUCAUUAUGUCAGACAUUUUCCUACCCGAAUGCGAAAUAGUCGACUUGACGGAGGAGCUUAAAAAAGAAAUCGAAGAGUUUGGCGUGUCAAAUAUUGAAGAGUUCUUUAGAAAGAGACUGGAGAAUUGGCAAAGCGUGGAAGUGAACAUCGCCAUCACUGGUGAGUCGGGAAGUGCAAAAUCAAGCUUUAUU